UCAUUACCCAGUAACCAGAACAUACUCAUGUUGUUAACAAACAGUUUUUAUUUCGGAUAAUUUAUUAAAUUUUUACAUUUUAUUUUAAUUUAGUGAUAGUAACAAGUGAACAUGUUUAAAUGGAUUUUGUUUUUAUCUGUAUUAAGCGUCAUAGAUGCUCAAAUGGUCCCCGGCCAGUGCGUGGUGCCUCGCCUGGCCAACGGCAGACUGCGCUGGCGCAGUCGCAGCAAGCUCAUCAGGUUCUCCUGCAACUACGGGUUCGAGCUGGUCGGCAGUCGGUACGCCACCUGCCGGAACGCGCAGUGGGACACGCCUAAACCGACGUGUGUCAAGCCAGGGUGCCCAGUGCCUCAGCUGACGAACGGUCUGGUCAUCACGUCUCGCUCGGACGCCUUCCUAGUGUUUUUCUGCCUGCCUGGCUUCAAGCUGGUCGGGACAACUGCCAUGUACUGCGAUGGAAAGUCGUGGAACACUACUAUGCCUUCUUGUGUUGAUUCCGCAAUGGUUUCGAAGACGAGCUGCGACUUCGAAGACCCAGACCUGUGCGGCUGGAUCCAAGACAGCCUCCACGACUUCGACUGGGAGCGGUUGAACAGGAAGACGCCGAGCUCCUUCAUGAACACUGGACCUUCCUUCGACCACACCAUUGGGAAAGGAGGAGCAGGGUAUUACAUGUACAUAGAGAGCUCGUCCCGACUAGAGAACGAGACGGCGCGUCUCAUCUCACCCAUAUACGACAUGGAAAUAGCUAAGGAUGGGUGCUUCUCCUUCUACUACCACAUGUUUGGCAGGUACCUCGGAGGCUUGAGGGUGUACCAGAAACCAGACAACAUUCCUCUUCAGACCAUGCUCAAGCUGCCAGAAGAAACAAGGAAGAAAUACGUAUUGUUUGAGCAAUGGGGAGACCAGGGGGACUUUUGGUAUAGGGGGGUCUCCCAGCUUCAUGAUUUCAAUGAUAAUUUUCAGAUAGUGAUGGAAGGCAUUCGAGGCAAGAGAUUCACCAGUGACAUAGCCAUCGACGAUGUCGCCAUACUGCAAGGGGAGAACUGCACUAUAGCCAAGAGAAACAUGGUCACUCCACCUCCAGCUAUGUUACCUAGCACAUGCGAGGGCAGAUGUGGAAGUGGCAACCUGGCCCUGAUAGGGUGUAGCUGCGCGUAUACCUGCCUCGUCAGCUAUAACUGCUGUCCCGACUACUUCGAAGUCUGCCUCGAUAUGAUAGAUGAUGAUGAUGAUUUAACAUUAUUUCCAGCUAAAUCUAGCGCCUGGAGGGGAGUUCUGAUCACGCUGGCGGUGCUGGUAUGCGGCGCGGGGCUGGCGUGGCUAGCGGCGGGGGCGAGGGGCGCGCGGGGGCGGGCGGCGCUGGCCACGCUGCGCGGCCGCGCGACGCAUGACCCGGAGGUGCGCUACCUGCACUCCGACAACGAUGACGAAUAAACUGUUGAUGAGACU